AUGGAGAGAGAAAGUCUGAAGCGCUCGGAAGAAGAAGAAGAUGCCUUAGCUCGCAGCACAAAAAAGUUCAAGGAAAGCCAUAGUUUUCAAGAGACGAAUGAGAAAGGAAAGGGGAUUAAAAUAGGGAGUUACAAGGAUAAGCUGGUGGGUGCAAUGCCUGGUGCAUUUGCACAAGCGUUUGGUCUUAAAAGCGCUAUGCAAGAGGAUUUGGAGUCUGACAUUGAAGAGGAAAGUGACCAGGACGGUAGCCUUAGAAUUGGAUUUUCCAGAGAAGAGAAGGUUCAAAUGAGAGCACCUUGGCAAAAAGCUCUCAUCAUCAAAACCUUUGGGAGGAGAAUGGCGUUUUCAUUCCUCGUUGAGAGAGUGAGAAAGAUGUGGAAUCCGUGUGGAGGUAUGGACUGCAUAGACUUGGGGUAUGAUUAUUUCCUAGUGAAAUUCGAGUUAGAUGAAGAUGUAGAUACUAUCCUCAUGGGGGGUCCUUGGUUCAUUGGUCAGCAGUUUAUUGCUAUUAGACAAUGGGAACCGGAGUUUAAGGCUUCCACAGCAACUCUUUCUUCAGUAGCAGUUUGGAUUAGACUACCAGAGUUGCCCAUUGAGUAUUAUGAGCCUAAUGCACUCCUUAAGAUCGGGAAAGCUAUUGGACCGGUCCUGAGGAUUGACUCUCAUACUGCUAAUGGGGAGAGGGGCAGAUUUGCUAGAUUGUGUAUCCAAGUUAACUUGGAUAAACCGUUGGUUAGGAAACUUUACCUCGGCAAGCUAGAGCAGUGUGUGCUCUAUGAAGGGAUUAACACCCUCUGUUUCUCGUGUGUAAGGAUUGGCCACAAGGUUGAAUCAUGUCCGUACACCAUAAGAGAGCAGCCCAAGGAGAAGAAUACGGGUAGAAGUGGUGAAGAAACAGGGGAGCAAAAGGAUGACCAAGCGGGCAUGCAAAGUGCUCAAGAAGCAGAAGGGUUGAAGAAAAAGGAAGAUGUGCAGCAGGAAUAUGGAGAAUGGAUGGUUGUUAACAGAAGGAAAGGGAAUAAUAGAGCUAGACCAGUGCAACGGGUUCAGACGGUGAGUCAUAUGGCGGAUGUGCAGAUGACGCAAUCUUCCAUAGCCACCACUGCCGAGCCUAGCGUAGCAAGCAUGAGUAGAAGAGAUGGGAAAAGAAAAUCUCUGCACACGCAACCCGUCGUGUCACAGAGAGAGAUGGCUACGUCCAAUCAUAGUCAGCUAAAAAGUGGUAAGGGAGCAAAGAAUAAGGGAAUAAGUUCCAGGACUAACCAGAAGGCAACGAAAUCAGUUGGUUUACAACCAAAAGAAGUGGGCCAGAGCAGCAAGAGUGGGCUUUUUGUGUUUGGGUCUAAUUUAGAGCAAGGCCCGGUUUGUUUUUCUGGCUCUUUGAACCCAAAAGUAACCAAUUUAGAGUAUAGCAGUCCAACGGGAAAGGAGAAUACAGCAACUAAACAAUACAGCAGAGGUGAUGGAAGGCAAGGAGAAGUGGGGGAUUCUCUACAAAGGAAAGAUCAUACCGGUGAGCGACUCAACCAUUCGGUGGAUAAGGCAAGACCCAACAGAGGUGUGGGGCUGGUUCGAAACAGAGCUGAUGGUGGCAUGGAAGAACAUUUUUCCUCUAACGGAGAGGAGCAAGCAGCUGGGUUACUUGCCUCUUAA